AUGGCUACACUUGCAGCACCGUGUAGUUCCGGUAAACAAGUUAUUAUUUCUCUGCGUGAUCAUUCUCAUGAAGUAUGUGUAGCAGCAUCAGAGAGAAUAUAUUGGGAACAGUUAACACAAAACUCGAGUAUUACCAUUGCAGUCAAUGGAAAAUAUGUUCCCAAAGAACUGAAUUCAAUCUGUAGUGACGAUGAACAACCAAGGCUUCAUCUUAUGAUUCAAUCGCAUCAUGAACGAGAUUCGAAUCAACUCGAAGGCGUAUGUUCUCAAAUUUAUUUGGAUCUUAUCAAAUUUAAAUACCACGAUCUACCUCAUUUUGACCAUAACUUUCGUCAAAUGCUGGUCUAUGGCUCUCUGUACAACUCUCUUCCUGAUGAAACGUUUGAAAUCGAUCGUUAUUUACUUGGUCAACGUAACAGUCACAUCAAAAGAAUAAGACAUACAUUAGAGUGUGCGAUCGAUGUGGAAAGAUUAUCAUCGUAUCGAUAUCGUUUUGCCAUUAGACAUGAAAAGCAAAGUAUCAUGAAUCUCGCUGCUAUUCAAAUUCAAGCACUUGUACGACAAGCUCAAGAUCAAUAUAUAAUCGCAUUUGCUACAAGUAUUGGUCGAAGUUUGAGCGGCUCUUCAGAACGCUCAGAUAUUAUGGAAACUUCGUUCUCGAAUGCACACGAUUUUCCGUCAUUUACGUCAUUUCAGUCGAUGAACAAACGAAGACGAGAAGAUGAUGUAGAACAAACAACGACUAAUACUUCAAUAAUCACAGUAUCCGAUCAAAGUGACGACGAAUCGACCACGAGUGAAACACGGUAUGAUGACGAUGAUAAUAAUGGAGGUUUGGAUUCAAAUUCGACUUUAAACACGUCUCCAGUAUUGGAUGCUUCUGAUUAUCAUACAUGUGAUAGAACGACGCCGUGA